CCUGCUUUGUGCUUAUCAAUUGAUCUGUUUUGAUUUCCCGUGAACUGUUUCCGGUUUGUAGGUCACUCAGAUCGAUAUCUAAAAUUAACACGAAAUUCCUUGGCAUAAUAUAGCGCUGUAUACAGAACGUGAUGUUUCAGUAUGUCCUGCUGAAGACCCUAAUUUUGUCAGAUAGCGGCCUCCAGCCUUGGUCAUCUCUAGCGGUUCAAGAAACAAAAGCAACAAGAUCAAAUUUGUCUCAAAGGGAAAAGAUUUUCAUUGCGGACUGCCUGGCAUCCUGACACGACAAUCAAGCAAUCGACUUUACCGAGCUCGUCACCAACACUGCCACUUUGAUUUGGUGAAAAAUGGCGAAAGGCUUGACAAUGUUCACACUGCUAAUGUUGUGUAAUAACAUCUUGGCUGCACGCAAACCAAAGCACAAUUUUCGAAGCGGUUCAGGAUCGGCUAAGCGGCCAAACAUCGUUUUCAUUCUGACAGAUGAUUUGGACAGUGCGCUUGGAUCACCAGAGGUAAUGACGAAGACUAGCAAAAUUCUUCGAGAAGAAGGAGCCGAUUUUGUGAACGCGUUCGUUACAACACCAAUGUGCUGCCCUUCCCGCGCCAGCAUUUUGACUGGUUCCUACGCGCACAACCACAACACGUUCACCAAUAACUUGAACUGUUCAUCCCCAUCAUGGAGAAGAGGUCCAGAGAGGAAAAGUUACGCAAAGUACUUAGAGUCUUCGGGAUACAUAACAGGCUACUUUGGCAAAUACCUAAAUGAGUACGAUGGGAGCUGGGUACCAGCGGGCUGGAAAAAAUGGGAAGGACUGAUUUUUAACUCCAAAUUCUACAACUACACAAUACGACGAAACACGUUCAAAGAACGACACAAGAUGGACUAUAAACAAGAUUACUUCACUGAUUUUAUCACCAAUAGGAGUAUCUCUUUCAUAAUGAAAACAAAAGAAAACAAACCACACACCCCUUUUCUUGCUGUGGUGAGUCAUGCAGCCCCUCAUGGUCCAGAGACGCCUGCUCCUCAAUACGCUACAGCACUUCCUGGUGCCCAGGCUCCAAGGUAUCCCAACUGGAAUUAUAUAUCACUUGACAAACAAUGGAUCAUGAGAGAAACGCCUGCGAUGGAUGCACAAAAAAUAGCCUUUGUGGAUCUGCUCCACCGCCGUCGCCUUCAAACAUUGCUUUCAGUUGAUGACUCAAUCGCGCGAAUCUUCCGCACCCUCCAGUCCCUUGGAAUAGAAGACGAAACUUACAUAUUCUUCACAUCAGAUCAUGGUUACCAUCUGGGUCAGUUUGGUCAGGUGAAAGGCAAGUCCAUGCCCUUUGAGAGCGACAUUAGAGUUCCCUUUUACGUAAGAGGUCCAAUCAUUCCCAAGAAUAUCAGUGUCAAAAACAUUGUCUUAAACAUUGACCUGGCACCCACAUUUUUGGAUAUUGCUGGCAUAAAGAUACCUAAAGACAUGGACGGGAUGUCAGUUAUGAAACUGUUCCGCAAGACAAGAUACGGACGAAGAGCAAAAAGGCGAACGCAUGUUGUAUGGAGGGACACGGUUCUCAUAGAAAGGUCUCGAGGUUGGAGAAGGACGAAGAACUUCCUACAAGGGAAAUCAAGGAACAAGACUGUUUCAGUCAAGGAGCGAAAGAUGACCGUUUUGGAAGAAAUCUGCUCCAGGCCAAAAUACCAAUCUCCAUGCCAACCCAAGCAGCUCUGGGAGUGUCAGACAGUCAAUCGUAGACCAAGGCUGAGAAAGUGUAGAAGAAAUACCACAACUACAAUAAGGACGGCUCCAGUCACCCAACCAACCCCUUUCACCACUCCUGUAAAGAUGUGUGUUUGCGUGAAGCAAAAACCUGAUAGCGGAGUGCACCAAAACCAAAAUGACAUGCUGCACAUCCAGAAGGAGCUGCUCAUGAACGGCAUGGAUUAUUUCACCAAAGAACUCAGACGAAGAUCAAAAAGGUCUCGUUUCCUGAGCUACAAUCCAAGGAAGAGAAGAGAUGAGUUCAACGCCAAGAGAUACCAGAAGGAAUUGGCUAGGGCUUUAAGGCUACAAAAUCGACGCGCAAAGUCCAAAGUGCUUAUUAGGACUCCUGCUAGCCAACUAGUACCCCAGUCAAACGUGACUCGACCACCUCAGGAGUCUUCAGAGGUGCAACGAGCCAGGGCGGAAAAAAUUGAUAAAUUGAAAGAGAAAAUUCAAGGAAUACGACUACGCCUUGGUGCGUUGCGCGACAGAAAGAAAAAACUGCUUCUGAUAAGCGCGCGGGACAAGUUCAUGGAGUACCCCUGUCCAUGUAACCACGGUAAUGAUACCGUGAGAGAGGUCAAAGAAAACUAUAGCAAUGAUCAGUUGCAGAUAUCGCUGAGGAGAAGAAUUAAACAGUCAAAGGUUCCAUCCCGCAAAACAGAGAGCAAGAAAAAAAAGGCGAAAGCGAAGCCAAGACGCAGCAAGUGUGCCAGCCCUGGUAUGAACUGUUUUUAUCAGACAGAGGAUCACUGGAAGUUGCCACCGCUUUGGAAAGGAGGAGAAUUCUGUUUCUGUCCUAAUGCUGCCAACAAUUCUUACUGGUGCUUGAGAACAAUAAAUUCAACACACAAUUUUCUAUACUGCGAGUUCAUCACAAAUUUCUACGAGUACUUUGACCUCAAUAAGGACCCAUAUCAGUUGCAUAACAUAAUUCAUGAGGUGAGUCCUGGUGUUCUAUUAGAGCUCCAUCAUUUACUCGCCAAGAUGAGAGGAUGUAAAGGACAGGACUGCACGCAUCACCAUGGUAAGAAGUAUCCUAAAGUAGCGCCCGCAAGUCCAGCUGUCAACAACCACUUGAGAGAGGGUUUGGAAGAGGGUCACAUGACUCCUUUACCAACAACGCCAUCAAACCUGCAAACAUCUGCUGUAAGUUCGGUGAGGCCUUUGACUUCGGAGUCACCUUCUGUAGUGCUUGUUACUCGUUCGGAUGUUACAGGAAACUCUCCGAAGAGUGUUUGGAACAACAUUUCGAAGCCAACCACUCUUGAAAAGUUUACAACACUUGAACCAAAAGAAGUAAAUGUGAAUUUGUCGGAACAUUCGACCGUGCAGUCGACAUUGAAUACAGAACGUGAACAACAACUAAUGGAAAGCUUAAGUACCGAACAUUCUAUUCCUAGUCAAUUGGCGCCUUUACCGACAGCUAACUUAAAGACAAACAACAGACCAGAUGAAACAUCAGGCAUGGAGUCCAACCUCUGUUUAAAUUGUUCCAGUUCCAAAAGCAAGAAAUCCGACAAAGAAGGCAUGAGUAGCAAAAUACGGUUACAAAGCACUGUUACAAACUUAGACAGGUCCGACGCUGUACCGACAGUCUCCGUGGGAUCUUCGGGACUCAACAUAAGUUUACCAGGAUUGAACGUCUCUUUAGUUCCAACUACAUCAGCAUCAGUAACUCCAAAAAGCAAAGAGAAUACUGGUAGAAUGCAUUCCAAGAUUUCUACACCAAAACCAACGAAGGGAAAAUCACUCAAGAAGCGCAAAAAUGGAGGUCGAGGAGGGAGAAAAAAAAAUAAAGAUACUUCGAAAGGCAAACCAAAGAAUAAAAGCUCUAAAAAGUCCAGAAAGUCUAAAAAGAAAUCUCCAAACGGGAAAAGAUCGUCAUCGUCAACAGAAAACAAAAAGAAACAAGAAAUUACUGAAAAGGAGAUGGUUGUCUUAAACACCACAUUACGGUCUCCGGAAUCUCCUUUAAAUAAUAAUAGCAAAAAGUCUGACCACGAGAAAUCUCAACUGACUGUGACACCCUUACUUGGCUCCCAACAUGUACCCACAGCCUUCGUGAAUUCUUCGGAUCCUGACACAAGCUCUUCCAAACUAAAUUUUUCUUCAAUUAUAGCAACAUCAGCUCCUAUUACUACAUCAAAUGAAGAGAUCACAAUGGAAACGACAACAGUCAAACCAACCAGGAGAAAGUCUGCGGGGAGAAGGAAAAACAACAACUCGAAUGAUAGGGACAGAAAAAAAACUACGAAAAAAAUAAGAAAAAUGAAGAAGAAAGUAUCGGAAAGAGAAAACUCUCAAACUUCGGAAGAAAUAGAGCAGACCAUAAAGGCAGGAGGAGAAAACCAAACUGGUUUGAGAUCAAAAUCGACAAAAACAAGACCUGAGUCAGAAAACAAAGACAGCAAGAAAGGCAGUAAAGGAUUGCCGGAAGUUUCACGAAAACGAGACAAGAAGCCGGCGAACAAGCGAUCGGCAAAUCAGAAAUCCAAGAAAAAAGCUAAAGGAAAACAUUCAAAGCAGGGACCGACUCAAAUUAGCCAGGGGCGAGGGAUAAUAGAGGGUGGAGGUGAACCCCCUCAGGAAAAUGGCACCAGUUUCUCUUCCAAUCCAGAAUCUUCGCCCUCUAACCCUUAAAAGCUAUUUUUAAUUUUUUUCUUUGCUGUCGGCUCAGUUUAGAUGUGAAGAAACCAUUCCUUACACAUAUCAAAAGUUUAUACUUUUUUGUGAGUGACAUACCCUCGUAAAUCGAGGGUGGUAGAGAGGUUUGGUGUAAAGUCAAACCUUACAUAGAUUUGAUAGUUUAUUUGAUAGUUUAUGCGUUGUAAACAGUAGUUGCCGGUAAGUGAAUGUGGGAAAGGUCUGAGGAAUACAAACGUGUCUACUCAGUCACCCCUCCCUUGAUGCUCGUUAAUGUUGCCUAAUCUAUAGACUUUUUUAACCUAGACGUACCAACGUCGAUGUUGGUUAGCGGUCACAAAUGUGCCACUCUUAUUUGCAUUGGUUUUUAGUUGUUAACUUUACAAACUCCCAUGAAAAUUGAUUGUUGAUUUUUCUAGUCGAAGUUUUAAAUUCUUCUUUGGAAGCGAUUAGUCAUGGUUUUUAGCUGCUACAAACAAAUGAUGAAACAAACUAAUGUAGAUAUUCUGUAACUGGUCAAUUUGAAAUUCUUUACUGACUGUCUCCAAAAAAGUGAGAGUUGCCAAGUCUUUCAUCUGCUAUUUAAAAUUUUUUACAAAUUGGUGUGAGCUAUGAAAUGUUCAAGACGAGCUAGUUUUAUUAAUUAAGCCAUUGGGUUGGUUUGCUGUUCGGCUGAGAAAGUCUCCAUUUCCGUUUAAAGGUGACGCAAGACCGAAUGAAACCACAAAACCUUUUAUGACCUUUUAUGUCUCUUUGAUAACCGAGAGGUGGAGAAACUUUGAAUCGACGCUUAAGCAGAGCUUUUCACAGAGAUGUUACAUUUCUCUAUACCACAGAUAAAAAUUUAUCGUCUAUUUGGAUCGAUAAGAAAGUAGGAUAAUCUUUAAGAUGUCUUUUUUUUAUUUUUGCUUGAAUCUUUUACGCUUUUAGAGUAAAUUGCUGUUUUAGCUUAUUUCAGAACAACUUUGUAUGGUGAUGGUUUUAAUAAAGCUUUACGUAAAAGUAGUUUA